AUGCCACCGAAGAAGGGGUCACCUAUUGUGGUGAAUAAAGAGGAUGCAAAUUUUCGUGAAGCAUUGAAACUCUAUGACCUGAAACAGUACAAAAAGGCACUCAAACUAGUCGAUACCAAUUUGAAAAAAAAUGCCAGUCACGCCGAGUCUUUGGCAUUGAAAGGAUGUGUAUUGUACCACACUGGUAGCAAAGAAGAUGCUGCCACAUAUAUCGAUAAAGCUGUUAGCAAGGAUGCCAACAAUUACCUUGUGAACCAUCUAGUUGGUAUCUACUACCGUGGAUUGGAGAAUUACGUCGAGGCUGCCAAAUGGUACCAAGCGGCAAAUGAUAACGGAUCUCCCAACAAACCUAUAUUGCGCGACUUGUCCUUUAUGCAAGUGCAAAACAGGGACUAUAAAGGUUUAAAAGAGAGCAGACUGCAAUAUUUGGAACAUGCUCCUGGAUAUAGGGCGAACUGGACAGGAUUAGCAGUUGCCCAGCAUUUGAACAAGGACUAUUCUGCUGCAUUGGCUACUUUGACCAAAAUCGAAAAUAUCAUUAAAGACCACUUGACUCCAAAUGAUAUGUAUGAGCAUAGUGAGUGCGUGUUGUACAAGAAUCAAAUUAUUGCUGAGGCAGGAAACUUCACCAAGGCUUUAGAGGUGCUCGAGGCAGAUAAGGAUAGCAUCAGUGACAAGUUGGCGUAUAUGGAAUACAAGGCCAAGUAUUUGCUUUUGCUUAAUAGAAAAAAUGAGGCUUCAAAAGUUUACCGAGAAUUAUUGAAAAGAAACCCAGACAAUAUACAAUAUUAUACCUUGUUAGAGACAGCUUUGGGGUCUGUUGGCAUGGAACCUGAAAAGAGGUUGAAACUUUAUGAGAAACUCAAUUCCUUUUAUCCACGUUCCGACCCACCAAAAUUUAUUCCGUUAACUUUCCUCCCAUCUGAAUCACCAUUGUUUGAGCAAAAGAGUAGAGACUAUAUCAUUCCCCAGUUAACUCGAGGUGUUCCUGCAACUUUUGUCAAUGUCAAACCAUUGUACCAAAAUAGAAAGAAGUUGGAAGUUAUUGAACGAAUAGUUAUUGAUUUCUUGAAUAAUGAAGCUUCCAAAUCACCAAACCCAACUAUAACUGUCUGGACUUACUUUUACCUUGCUCAACAUUACUUGUACAAAGAUGAGUUGGACCAAGCUCAACACUAUAUAGAUUUGGCCAUUGAACACUCACCAACUUUGGUUGAACUAUACAUUGUUAAAGCCAGAAUUGCUAAACACAAAAAAGAAUUCCAAUUGGCUUCUGAAAUCAUGGACGAGGGCAGAAAAUUGGACUUACAAGAUAGGUUCAUCAACUCCAAAACUACAAAGUAUAUGUUGAGGGCAAACAGAGUCAAUGAUGCAAUCAAUUGCAUCUCAUUAUUCACUAAACUUGACGAAGGAGCAGUCAAUGGAUGCAAAGACUUGCAUCUUAUGCAAGUGAGCUGGGUCUUGGUCGAAAGUGCAGAAGCGUACUUGAGAAUAUACCACAACCUAAAGAAAGAAUUGGAAGCUCGUGAGACUCUGGAGGAACAACUUGACAAAGAAAGCGAAGAAUACGAAGAAGCAUUCGAAAAUGUUGAGAUUUACAAGGCAUUGGCAAUCAAGCGGUUCAACUCUGUUCUCAACUUGUUCAAGAUCUUUUACAACGAUCAAUAUGACUUCCAUUCAUACUGUUUGAGACGCGGUACCCCAAGGGAUUACAACGAUAUGAUUAAAUGGGAGGAUAAUAUUAGAUCGACCCCAAUCCACAUGAGAGCAUUGAGAGGUUUGUCAUCGUUGUACUUUGAAAUACACAAAGAUCAAGAAGAACAAAAACAAAAAGAAAAGCAACAGCAACUGAACGAGCAACAAAAUGGUGGUGAGGAUCAUUCAAAUGCUUUCAAAAUCAAAAAAAAUGGAACUAAAAAGCAAAAGAAGGCAAAAGCACAAUUAAAUAAAAAGAGAGCCGACUUUAUCGAGAGCGUUGAAAGUGAAAAAGACGAUGAAGACCCCUUAGGACUCAAGCAUCUUCACAAUUUGGAAAGCUCCGAUGUUAUUGAGCCACUUUUUGAAUUGUGCAAGCCAUUGCUCGACCAGGCACCAAGACUUGUAUUCACUUGGGAAGUGUUUUACAAAAUUUAUUCAAUUCAGGGUAAAUACGUUUUGGCAUUACAAGCCAUUAAGAGUUUGGAGAAACUAGUCAACAAGAGCGGAGACAAGAAGAUGAAAACUGUUGGAACCAAAGUUGUUGAUUUAUCUCGGAUCUCGAAGCAAGAUACCGAGGCCAAUCCCGCCAUUGUUAAAGUUGUUGAAAAGGGUUUAAUUACUGCUUUCCCAGAUUUUGAGAAGCUUUCUGAACAAGAAUUUUUAGAGCUUUACAAUCAAUAG